AUGUCUCCAAGGUCCACAAGCAUUCGCCAGGUCGUAAAGAAAGAGAGCGAGUGCUAUAUUUGCGGGAACAGAUGAAACAGAUGCUAACCCAAUAUUAUGGUUUGCAUUGUUUUCAGACGCUCGCAAACACAGUGCUUGGCCAGGUCGGAAGCCUCGCUGAUCUCUUGCACUGACCGUACCAUUCCUACCCUCCGGUUUCAGUAUUAACUCUCCACGACUUACGACAAACUCAGACUCUCCUUAUACCCCUUCCUAAAUCUGUUAUUCUGGUGGAACUUCUUGCGGUCAACCAAAUAUCCUCGACGGUCACGCCAUGGUCGAGGACAAAUAUAUUGGUCUUGCGCUGGCAGUCUCCAGCUCCGUAGCAAUAGGCACUAGUUUUAUUCUCACAAAGAAGGGCCUUAAUGAAGCGGGGGAGCAGUCGGCGUAUGCAUCAGCCUCGGAUAGCUAUUCCUACCUCAAAAAUCCAAUAUGGUGGGCAGGGAUAUCCACAUUAAUUCUAGGAGAAGUCGCCAACUUUGCUGCAUACACAUUUGCCCCUCCAAUUUUGGUCACUCCGUUGGGCGCACUCAGUGUCAUUAUUGGGUGCGUGCUCGGAAUGAUUUUUGCCACAUUCUUCUGUGCUCAUCCCACAGAACAUUGUAGCGCUGUCUUGGCAUCCUUUCUGUUGAACGAAGAGUUAGGCCAUCUGGGUCGGGUAGGAUGCACACUAUGUCUACUAGGCUCUCUGAUCAUCGUCUUGCACGCGCCUGAAGAUAAAAAUAUUCAAACUGUCGACGAAAUUCUACACUAUGCAGUGCAACCAGGAUUCCUGCUCUACUGCUUUACUGUGCUAGUGUUCAGUUUGGUGAUGAUCUACGCGGUCGCGCCGCGGUAUGGUCGCACGAACGCUGUUGUCUACAUUUCCAUUUGCUCGGUCGUCGGAUCAGUAUCAGUUAUGGCCGUCAAGGGUUUUGGAGUUGCCGUCAAACUAACAUUGGCUGGAAACAAUCAGUUCACACAUCCGAGCACAUACGUGUUUGCGAUCGUCGUAACUGUGUGCAUUCUCGUCCAAAUGAACUACUUCAACAAAGCAUUAGAUACCUUCUCGACGAAUGUUGUCAACCCAAUGUACUACGUUGGUUUCUCGACAGCGACUAUCAUCGCGUCGGUCAUCCUAUUCCAAGGAUUCAAUACCGACAAUCCCGCCAACUCAAUAUCCCUACUUGCUGGCUUCAUCGUCACAUUCCUUGGAGUGCACUUACUCGAACUUUCUAGGAAGAAAACUGCCGUACAUGCAAACGGUCACUCAGCACUAGAAGGGGGACUUAUGAACCCGCGGCUGAGCAUCUCGGGUCGAAUGUCCAUUGAUGGAUGGGGUGGUGCUGGAGGAACAACUAUCGGUGGAGGCCCUGGCCAUACACGUAGACCGUCGGAACGACGGUCACAAACGCUAUUCAAUGCAUUUGAAGAAGACGAGCUAGGCGCCGCCGACACUGUAGGCUUGGAGAGAUUACCCGAAGUCGAAGAGGCAGAUGAUUUCGAUGAGGAAGUUGACGAACGGACUCACUUGCGUUCCGAUUUGAGGAGACAUCGAGAUGGUUCAAGAAGUUCGAGUCAUUCUCCGCGUGCAUCGCAGGGCGAAGCACGACGGUCUCCACACUGAAAGUUAUAGGUGACAGUAUUAUUAUUGCUUGUUCCAUUUUUUUUUGUCUUCUCCUUUCUGUACAUGGACAGAUAUAACAUACCCUUGGGAGCUCAGUGGUUUCAAUGUUAUUGCGCCCCGGUGAGGGCGUAUGUAGCUCUUAUUUAGCGUAAAAAGCUGAGCUUUCGAGCAGCAUGUGUCGUAGCAUACAGCUUAGUAGUAAUAGAUUCAAGAGCACUCGCAAUUUGGACUACUCCUUGUGUAUCUUUCUAUUGGCUCAUUCUGAUUACAUGCAGGAGUUGGGAUAGGACUGCGCGCAGUUACGCCAGACCGGCGGAAUCUGA